AUUUCUCAAUAAUCCAGAAAUUAUCAGCAGAAUAAAAUCAAAUAAAUGUUCAGUACGCGUAUUUCACUAAUGGAACUCUAAAUAUUGCAAUUUUAAAAUUUAAAAUACUUAUCUAUCUCCAUCGUUCUUGUCAAAAUUAUUGACAAGACAAAUUAUGCAUAUUUUGGAGUUAAUUUCCUUUUCUGUUGUCGAUAGUGCAGAAAUCCGUUUUGCUAAGGGUAAUUCCAAAUGUAUGGAAUUUCGACACAAAGUAAUAUCUCGUACAGGCGAGUCACGGAAGAUGGCGUUGCGGCAUCUCCGGUCUCUCAGGAGGAGGGAGCAGAUCUACCUGCGCUGGUGUGGUGGUGGUGGUGGUGGUGGUGACUCCGACUGAGUCGUGUGUGCGCCAGAUCCAUCGAUUUAACGGGAACACAAAAUAAGAUGCAACAUCGUCUCGCCGUACGUCACGCGUCUACCCGUGUCGUGGAGCUGAUGACAUCGAGCGCGACCGCGAGCAGAAUCGUCGGGUGUUAAGACGUUAUGGGAAGAUGGUGAGGCAGCUCGGUUACCUCGGCCACUGGGAGCAUGGGUUCGCAAACGCUGGAGAUCCUGAGACAAGGCAUCUGGGCGAGCCUGACGGGCGGCUGGUUUUACGAUCCGCAUCUCGACGUUUUCUCCAACACGUUCCACCUCUACGUUUGGCUGUUCCUGCUCUGCCUGCCGUUCACGAUCUACCUGUAUUUUCCUCCGACGUUGUACGUUUGGCUAGCAUAUUGCUCGUCGUUCAUCGCUGUUUUCGGAACGAUAAAGUGUAUGAAUCACGCUCUUCACUGUGUAUAUGAUACCACGGAAUGUUUAGAAGAACCCAAUCAAACCAUCAGUCAGCAAAAGUCAGAAGGGGAGAAGAAAUGGGCGAGCCACAACAAAUCUAGAGAACAGUCGCAAGAUCAAACUGGCCAUGGUAUAGAGCUGCAAGUUUUGAAUGGUAAAACAGACACACCACCUGUAGAAUGUUCAUCGCGUAACUCAUUCAUUGAGCCAAAUAUACAAAAUUCUGAUGCGGAUAGUAUAACAUCUGAAUACACUCGGGAUAAAGCUAGUUCGACUAUAGAUUUAAAAGUGGAGAUACAUAGGAAAAAUAGUUCGGAAAGUUCAGAAGAGGCGCAGCAGCUUAGCAAACCAAUAGUAACCAGCAUUAACGUACACGAAGCUGAAUUAGUUUCUGCACAGUAUCACGAACCACGUUUUAAAAACAUUAUAAAUGAAUGGAAAUUAAAGCGGCAAAAGUGCGUAGUAAUAGCAGAAGAAGAUCGACCGAGAUCGCGUAAAUUAUGCCGGCAUGCAUCCGAAGAUUCUAGAAAUCAAUACUCGAAACAGAGUAAUCUCGGUAAAACGGGGUCCGAGAGCCAGAUAAAGCAGACCAGCUCAUUGGAAUUGGAGCAUUCCCAUAGAGGUGACAAUUAUCCAUAUUGGAAGUCCAAUCAAAGUGUCCGCAGACUCAAUUCCAAUUCCAUACCGAUGGAAACACACUUGAUGAAUGAUCAUCCGCAGAGCUUAGAAAUCAUAUCACAGAAAGGAGAUGCAGAUAACAAUAAGAUCUCGUCUCACCCGCAAUCGUUAGAGGUUAUUACUAAAAAACCGCAUCAGCAAUUGGUACAUCCGCAAAGUCUCGAAACAAUUGGUGCUACUAGUAAAAACAUAAGCAGCACCGAUGACAAUAACCUGCCUCUUCAUCCUCAGAGUCUUGAAACAAUUAAUACUAAAAAGGUUUUACCGCAAAACACACUGAAGAGGAAUCAACUACAGCUCUUACCGUAUCUCAGUUAUGGAUCCGAGAUAGUUUAUCCGAUAGCUGAGCAAAGCGACGAGCAAUUUGCUAAUGAAAGUUCAGGAGGGUUUAGUUUACGUGAUUCCUACAGCCCGUUAUUGACGCGUAAAAACAUAAAUGACGCGAGCGCUACGUCUAAUCGAGAUAGAAGCCUCAGUGCUGGCAGGUUUGAAGAUAGAUUUUCGAGGUUUAACGACGACAACGGAAUAGAUAAUAAUUCGGCAAAUUCUCGAGAUGCUUUACUGGAGGAAUCCAAAUCUAGAGGCGUGAAAAGGAGAUACAGCAACGCCAAUCAGAGUAACCAUGAGUUUUCAGAUGGAGAGAAAAGUAAAGAGAAACGGCAGGAUAAAUCUAAAAACAUAGUAACGGAAGAUCCACUCAAUUCAGGGAGCAUAGUCGGAAUAGACUGGCUGUUUGAAAGCGGGGAUUGUUCGGUGGAACCGUGGGCAAGUAAGAUAUUUUGGACUUUCACUCGCUCUGAUGAUACGGAUACAUCAGAAAGCCUACAGACGGCUAGUACAGAUUAUCUGCACUCUAAAGAGCCUGAUUCGGGAUCAUCCAGUACAACGACCCUCAGCAUCGAGAACGAGGUGAAACGGAAAUUGUUGCCGCAACUGGAGGUGGACAGCACCGCCAAACGUCACCAGGGAGCGAUCCCCAAGCAAAGCCGUCCAAAACUCACCGCGUCGGAUGCCGCGGACGAUAAUAUCGUGUCGGGCGUCGAACAGCCACGGGAGAAUCUUAAACGUUAUCUCGAGGUGCGACGGGAGAGAGCUAGGAGACGAGGUGCCAAGUUGGAACAGACGAGCGGCUCGAAUAACGAGUUAAGUACGUUGCUGCCGAGUCCGGCGUCACCGUUACUGGCUGCAUUACUAAAUAAUUCCGGCCGGGAUCUGCCUGGCCAGUCGAACACCACGUCGUCCGAUUUGCGACUCAGUCGUAAUACCGAGAAGCGACAAUUUCGAACUAGAUAUGGACGAUUGAAGCGGACGACCAGAGGUCACCGUGCGAGAUCGCGCAACAUCGCCAGCAAUCGCGACGAUAAUGUCGUGCCGUUAACUGCAUUGUUCGGUCUGAUCUCGAGCGGUGAGUGUCACCUAGCCACUAAUCAGAACGAUACCUCAGAGGGAGCGGUGCACUAUUUUCGCGACGAUAACGGUCACUGGCUGGCUUACACGUUUGAUGAGAAAGGUUCAGACGUAGCCGCUGCUGCCGCGGCAGCGACAACAACACAAACACCUACUAAUCCGCACAAUGAAAAACUGCUGAAUAUGUUAUUGCGUCAGCAACUCACACAAAAUAUACACUACGAUGCGAACUGGGAACUCGCGGAUUCAUUGAGCAAUAGUUACAGCAGCCUGUCGCUCAAUUCCGCUGGUCUGACAGUGAUAAUCGAUACGCCGCCGGUGCUGUCAAGUCCAGCGAGCAAUCAGACCAAGACGCAGAGCUCACCGCCAUCGAAUUUGGUCUCCUCGAAUACUGGCAGCUCGAAUCAGUGCACGCUCGGUGAGAAUUCCGAGCGUGAGCCAUUUCAUCAUACCUUAAUCACACGCUCGGAUUCGAUGGCCGACAGGAAUCGCAGAUUACAGAAUCUAUUGGGUAAUCUGAAUCUAAAUCAAUAUCAAUCGGACCUCAACAGCCGCAUGCCUGUGUUGACUUUACCCACGCAUCAGGAACCUGACAUAAACACCAGUUUAUCGUGGAACCGUUUCGUCGACGGCCUGGAUGGCUCCGACUCCAAGCCGAAACAAACUAGACAUUACUACAAGUGGAAGAUCGGCAGACUGCCACACAUCAAAGUGCGCUUCGAUCGUCUCGCUCUGCUGGCUCUACUCGAUCGCAACUUGACUGUGUUCGAGACCAUCAUCUCCACGUUGCUAGCGGGUACAGUCGCGGGUUUAGGUCUUCUGCUACUUCAACAAGGUUUCUAUCGGGAUAUUUUCGCGUUCAUAUUUUGUUUCGUGACGGCUGGCUGUCAGUACUCAUUACUCAAAUCAGUCCAGCCCGAUGCCGCAUCGCCCACACACGGUUUCAAUCGUAUCAUAGUGUUUUCCAGACCCGCGUACUACAUCCUGUGCUCGAGUCUGAUUCUGAUUUUCAACGAGACGCUUAGGAACUUUAAAUCGUCGGAUUUUCGGGUGUACGGAUUGCGCGUCGCCGAUUACGAUCUCAUAUUGCAAGUGCGAAACGUUCUAUUAAUAUUCCUGCUGUGCUUCCCAAUCGUAUUCUCGCUAGGACUUUUCCCGCAGAUCAAUACGUUUCUCAUGUACGUCUGUGAACACCUGGACAUUCACCUAUUCGGCGGUAACGCGACUACCAGUCUGGUAUCCUCACUUUACUGCUUGUGCCGCAGCGUGGUCGCUGUUCUUAUCCUCUACGGAUUUGCUUACGGUGCCCUUCUCGAGCCCAAAUCUUCGCAGCACAUUCUGUUCUCCAUAUUCGUCGGCCUACUCGUCGCGAUAUCCUACCAUCUAAGCCGAUUGUCUUCAGAUCCCACUGUAAUAUGGGACAUCCUCAAGGCGAAUCUGUGGCCGCCGGAGAUAGGGGACAGAUAUGCAGAAGAGAAAGAAGCUAAAAUCAUCGAGAACACGUCAUCGUCACAGCCCGACAACGUAGCCGCGACUUAUAAGGAGGCUAAGAGCAAAACGUCCGGCAGGAAGAAGGACGUGAAGAUCAAAGUGGGCGAGCAAAUGUCAGAUACCGAACUGGUGGAUCCCUUGCCGGAGAAACUACGCUCAACGGUGAACUCCAGACUAAAGAACGAUCUCAUCGUGUGCGCGGUAAUUGGUACCCUGUCCUUUGGGAUUCACCGUACGACGGUGUUCACUGCUUUGCAACCGGAGCUCAAUCCGGUGCUGUGGAGUAUCGUGAGCUGCCUGGGCUUUCUCCUGCACUACAUCGUGCCGCAGUUACGCAAGCAGCUACCGUGGCUAUGUCUUUCAAGACCGGUGUUACGUAGUCAUGAACACGCGCAAUUCGAGGUACGCGAGCCGGUGAAGAUCAUGUGGUUCGAGAAGGCCUACGUAUGUCUGUGCUUUCUUGAGCGAAACGUGCUCUAUCCGGUCGUCUUUCUCGGCGCGCUCACCGAGUGCUCGUCGAAGAUCGCCAACAAGUUCGGCGAGAGCAUAGGCGCGCUCAUCGUCGUCGUGUGCGGUCUUAAAUCGCUCAGGUCGGCGUACUCAGACCCGUCCACCCGCUACCUCGUCCUCAUCUUCGCAGUGCUCUUCUUUCAACUGGACUUCAGCAACUUGAGUGAAACCUUUCUGAUGGACUACUUUGUCACAGGAAUCGCGUUCGCCAAGAUCUACGAGUUGCUACUCAAGAUCCGUUUUGUCGUCACGUAUAUCGCGCCCUGGCAGAUCACCUGGGGUAGCGCGUUCCACGCGUUCGCCCAACCCUUCUCCGUGCCGCAUUCGGCAAUGCUCUUUCUUCAGGCCGGCAUCUCGGCGAUGCUCAGCACACCCCUGAAUCCGCUGCUGGGCAGUGCGAUCUUCAUUUCAUCCUACGUGCGACCCGUCAAGUUCUGGGAAAGAGACUACAAGACCAGGAGGGUGGACCAUUCGAACACGCGUAUGUCCUCGCAUCUGGAGCGCAAUCUGGGCGCUGAUGAUAACAACCUGAAUUCGAUAUUUUACGAGCAACUCACGCGUUCCCUCCAGCACAGUCUGUGUGGCGAUCUCGCGCUUGGCCGUUGGGGAAACGUGGAGCAGGGUGAUUGUUUUCUGCUCGCAUCCGAUUAUUUGAACUGUCUGGUACACAUAGUCCAAUUGGGAAACGGACUGGUGACAUUCCAGUUGAGAGGUCUCGAAUUCCGAGGGACAUAUUGCCAGCAAAGAGAGGUGGAAGCGAUCUCGGAAGGUAUCGAGGAUAAUGACAAUUGCUGCUGCUGUGAAAUGGGUCAUCUGUCGAACGUACUUAGCGUGAAUGCGGCCUUCAGUCAACGCUGGCUCGCCUGGGAAGUCGCGAGCGCGAAAUACGUGCUCGAGGGUUACUCGAUCUCCGACAACUCGGCGGGUUCUAUGCUGCAAGUGUUCGAGUUUCGCAAAGUGCUGGUUACUUACUACGUCAAGAGUAUCGUCUUUUAUGCCGUAAAAUCGUCAAAAUUGAAGCAAUGGUUGGAGAAUUCGGACAUCAUGGAUGCGCUCAAACCGACACUCGACAAGAACUUUGUUGAUCUCGAUCCGGUCUUCAACGUGAAUAUCGACGAAGACUUUGAUUUCCGUGCAAGCGGUAUCACGCGAAAUAGCUUCUGCAAUAUUUAUCUCGACUGGAUACAAUAUUGCGCUAGUAAACAAGAUAAGUCGUUGGAUAGAACGCGCGAUUCGUAUCUCGUGUCACUGUGUCUUUCAUUAAGUCUGCUGGGAAGACGUGUGUUAGGUGCUGCGUCUCAUAACACGUUAUCAGGCGUUGAAUUUUUUCUCUAUGGAUUACACGCUUUAUUUAAAGGAGAUUUUCGAAUAACAUCAGUCCGUGACGAAUGGGUGCUGCACGAUGUCGAUUUAUUACGUAGCGUAGUUGCAAAGGGUAUAAGGAUGGCCUUGAAAUUACAUCAAGAUCAUUUUAUGAGUCCAGAACAAUACAUCGAAUCACCAGCACUUUUCGAAGCUAUCGACAAUCAUGAUCAGAAUCUCGUUAUUAGUCACGAAGCGGAUCCACUUUGGAGAAACGCUGUUUUGAGCGGUGCACCCAGUCUAUUGGCACUAAGACAUGUACUUGACGACGGUAUAGACGAGUAUAAAGUAAUAAUGCUCAACAAACGUUACUUGAGCUUUCGAGUGAUCAAGAUGAAUCGUGAAUGUGUCCGUGGACUCUGGGCUGGCCAGCAGCAGGAGCUGGUAUAUCUGAGGAACAGAAAUCCAGAGCGUGGCUCGAUACAGAACGCCAAGCAGGCUCUGAGAAACAUAAUCAAUAGCUCCUGUGAUCAGCCAAUUGGAUAUCCGAUUUAUGUCUCUCCAUUGACGACCAGUUAUGCCGAGACUAAUGAACAAUUGUGUUCGAUAAUCGGAGGACCGUUGACUUUCGGCACCAUAAAGAGCACUGUAUUGAAAUUGUGGAGAAGAAUAAGAAGAAGAUGUGGUCAAGGUUGCUCCUCGGGCGGUACUGGUUCCCAAGAUGACGGAGGCUUUGGAAAUGACGGAGUAUACGCAAUGACCACUUACAACAUACACUCUGGCUAUACUCAAUCGGGUCACAACACCUCCGGUUCUCAAUCAAUGGAGUCUGGCUGUCAAAUCGGUGGUUCGACUGGUCGAGGUUCUCUCGGUCGUACAAAUACGGGUUCUUUAGGUGGUAACAGAGGCUCACUGGCCUCCGUUGGAAAGCCAACCAGCUCGACACUCGCCAGUUUGGCCGGAUUGCUCAGUAGUAAUGAUAUCAAAAUGGAAACAAAGAGCGAGACAAGUUUCUCUAGCAAGCUAGAGAAAGAAGAGGUUUUCCAAAGAGUUCGCAUUAUGGACCCUAAUCAAGUUUACGAUGCGAUCAAUUUGGGUCGACGUAUAGACGUGAUUUGGCCAGACGAAAGGAUGCGACAGCAAGGCGGUCGUUCCGGCUGGCAACAUUGGGUACCGGAGAGAGGUAUGGAGGGCUGUGUGGUUCACCGUUGGUCGCCGAAUCAUCGCGAUCCCAAUCGACGGUCGCACGUCGAUAAAGUCAUCUUGCUUGUAAAGAUCGAGGACAAAUAUGUGCCGGUAGCCGAGCAAGGCGUGCGAGAUUUGGGAGCAGAAGUUUAGCAUAGUAUUUCCGAAACCGACACGAUAACAGUUGUCGUUUUUAUACCCUCGUUUUGUCGAUCUGCAGACUUGGAAUAGCGCAUACGCGUCGACUAGAGUAAAGUUCAGCAGUGAUCAGACUCUCGCUCGAGCGUGCCUGACACUAAUGAGACAUGAAAGUGCGAGAAUUAAUCUCUAACAGAUGUAUACUGACGAUGUAUACUAGUUACCUACUUCCACGAAGUCAAUACUCGCCAUUAGAACGUAAAUUGAAGGACACGGAUCAACGACAUGCUCAAUCAUGUGAGACUCUUAACUUAUCGAUUAACAAAUUUCAUUAGUCGCAACAUCAUCUAGCAUCUUCUUUUUUUCUUUUGAUUUUCAAGGUUCACAAUAUUUUUUACUCGCUUCAGUAGGAUUGCUCAUGAAAUUUGCUCCGUGUCUUAGCAUGUUGUCGCAAAUCCUUCCGAUUGCAUCUCAUUUUUGUUGAUAUUGUACUUAGAAAUAUAUAAUUCGAUAAUAUUCCUUAGAUCCUCAGAUUUAACUCCAUUCUUAAUUGUCAUUGAAUCGCUAGAGUUUUGCUUCAUAAGGGUAACUUUCGACCUGACACGUAGAUACGUUGCAAGAAUUAUAAAGAUUGUACAGAGAGAGAAAUAUAAGAAUAUUUUGUCACCUUGUAAGAUAAUCGUAGAUACAUAUAUUGUUAUUUCGCGCAUAAGAUAAAACGCCAAUCGCCAAGUUAUUCAAUGCAAACCGAAUUGUACCAUGUUGUACCAUACAUACUGUGUAUAUUAUAAUAUGAUGAUAUACUAGUUUGUUCACUCUCGGAACAGAGCAGAUAUUAUACUUGUUGCCCAAUAAUAUCUAGAUUAUUUACUAUCGGUUAAUAGAGAAAAGGUAGCGUCUGGGCGCGUUCCUCUUCCACUAAUCUAUAAUGUAAAUGCGGUAUAUAUUUUUGGCGGUUGAUGAAAAGAAAAGAGAAUUUUACCCGCAGAGUAGAAGUGUACUAUUUACGCAUAUAUAUAAUAAUGUAUCAUAAAUAAGAGAAAGUCUCUUUAAACGUGCUGUUUUGUUGUGAAGCUCACAGCAAAAUGUCGGGUGUGACACCAAGCGGCAUCGGUAGGAUAUUUGUAUAUAAAAAAAAUAUCAUUCGUGUUUUUCUACA